AAAGCUACAAUGACACAACCUCCAUCCGUGCGAACGACUGGUAUUGAAUCUAGUUAUGUAGUCCGCAAUACUCGAAUAAAAACUGGUAUGUUAAUUGGAUUAUAGCUAGGUAACUAUAGGAAUGGUAUACUACUACAUACAUAGCCCUUCGCCCCCCAUGUUCGUUUAGUCAGCGUUCGAUUUCUUAAAUGUUUUAAUGUACUGUAAGAACCGAUGGGUUAAAAUAACGCGAAAAACGAGUUAGUUUGGGAUAUGUAAUCGUUUAAAUUAUUCCAAAAACAUGGCACUCGUGAUCCUGCAGGCUGCGGUUUAUUGAAAUAAAACGAGGAGGCAUUACGAGAUAAAAUGAAGGAAGCUUUCUAAAUAUCAGGGUGUUUGUUGCCCGAGAUAUAAAUCCGCACGCCCAUUGGCUACAUUGAAAUCCUCCCAGCAACACUGCCUUAACAACAGGAGAAUCAUUUUAUGAGCAAAAGCCAAAGCCCCUUAUGGCCCGCGCUAGCUUAAAAACAACAAGCAAAACUGCCCAAACUGAGUGAAAAACUAGUCCUAUGUGACUUGUUUUUAUAAUUCAAUGUUGAAAAAUGUAUAAUUAGUGUUUUUACUGAACUGUUUUUUUCCCUGUUAAUUGGAUUAAUAGGUAACUAUAGGAUUGGUAACUAGACAUACAGCCCAAUGCUUCGUAUCCAUGAGUUAUUAUUAUUAAAAUUAACACAUUUUUCUCCAUUACUAUAUAAACUAAGAUACAAUGACACAACCACCAUCUCUGAGAACCACUGGUACUGAAUCUAGUACUGUAGUCCGCAAUAUACUCAUAAAAAACGGUAUGUUGGAUUAAAGUAGGUAAGUAUAGGAUUGGAAACUAGACAUACAGCCCUGAUGGGUGAAAACCACCCAAAAAGCAGGCUGUUUGAAUUACUUUGGGAUAUGGAAUCGUUUAAAAUAGAAUUCAUACAAUUUCGAGUUUUCCCAAUUUCCUGCACGAGUGUUGAUAUAACUGUAUAUCAUUACGGAAAAAUGUUUUAUAUUUCUUUAUAAUAUAGCAUUUGUAAAUUCUGAACGCUGAUUGGCUAAGAGCCGUGUUGAUAUAUGAUAUAACUCCAUGUCAACACGGGAAAUUUUAUAUAUAACAGGUAUACUAAUCUCAAGCAUGAGAUUUUUGCCAGGAUUGUAUGUUCACCAUUGAGCUAAAUAAUAACUGGAGUGAGUGCUCCUGUCUUUCGUCAGUCCGAACUAAACACGGCAGUCGUGAUCAUAGAGUUUAUAAAGAAAUAGAAGGGGCAUUGCGAUAUAAAUUGAGAGAAAAUCGAAGUUUGCCAAUCAUGGCCAAAUUUUCAUAUCCUGGCUUUAAAUCCGCACGCUCAUUGGCUGCAUUGAAAUCUUCCGAGCAACACUGCCUUGAUAACAAGAAAGCCAUUUUGUGAACAAAGUUAUGGCCGUCUAAAUGGAAAACCCCCAGAAAAAUGUUGCCCAAACUGAGUGAAAAAUUAUUGCUAUGUGGUCUAAUUUGUUCUUAAUUCGAAGUUGAAAAAUGUAGAAUUAGUGUUUUCCUGAUGUUUUUGUGUCAGGUUUUCCAUGUUUCUUCAGGUUCAUUGCAUGCUAAGGAGAUUUAGAAAUAUAGUUUAAGGGCGUACGAUUUUACAUCCGGGAAUUUUCAAUGCAUGGUUAUUGAUAUUUGGAGAGAGGAAGUAUAUAUAUAGGUAAUGCUCAGAGGGUAAUGCUGUUCUGGUAUUCUAGUUUAAAAAAUUUUCCCCUUAAAAAGACAUUCAUAUAUCCAUGACUUAUAAUGAUUUCCUAUGGUAGGUUAUGCACAGUAAAAUUAACACAUGUUUCUCCAUUACUACAGUUACAAUGACACAACCUCCAUCCGUGAGAACAUCUAUUGAAUCUAGUAUUGUAGUCCGCAAUACUCGAAUAGGAAACGGUACGGUAUGUUAAUUGGAUAAAUAGGUAUAACUAUAGGUAUAUAUAUAUAUAUAUAUAUAUAUAUAUAUAUAUAUAUAUAUAUAGUAUAUAUAUAUAUAUAGUGUAUAAUAUAUAUAUAGUGUAUAAUAUAUAUAUAUAUAUAUAUAUAUAUAUAUAUAUAUAUAUAUAUAUAUAUAUAUAUAUAUAUAUAUAUAUAUGUAGGAGCAUUAAUUUUUCUAAUAAAUACAUUAGCCAGCUCGACAAGUUUAUCAUUCAGUGCGAACCGUACUGAUUGGUAUAUAUAACAGAAAAGUCAAAUCUCCGAGAGAGACAAUUAAGAAGUUAUGGACGAAAAUAUUAAAUAAUAGAACAAUGCGUUAAGAGAACUUCUACCGAACAAGUUGAACCGAACUUUAAGACAAAAAGGGGCAUGACUUUGAGCUGCCUCUAGUAAGAACUUUUCAAUAUUUAGGCCUACCAAUUCAUUUUUAAAUAGAUGCAAUGUUUUCUAGUAUAUAUGGAAUUUUACUAUAUAGUCUUACAUAAAACCAUUUAUGUAAAUAACAAAUUAAUAAAAUAGAUUAUAUGUUUUGAGUAUCCGGGCCUUUUUUAACAUGCAAACUGGGGGGGGGGGGCAAAUGCCCUCCAGGAAAAGUCCCUUUUUCCUAAAUUUAUACAAACAAACCAGUGAAGAAAAACAAAUAGAUAAACGGAAAUUAAGUUUUAGGCGUUUUACGUUUUUCUACCACUAAGUAAUGACAAAUUAUUGUUAAUAAUUAUUUUAUUUUUUGGAUGCUCUGAUUAAUGCAGGAAAUGACAUUUCAGGGUUCCAAAUUUCAAACAUUUUCUGGGGAGUAUGCCCCACACACGUGGCCUUCAGCCAUUGCUGUAUUACGGUUAAUAUUUUUUUUAACUUUUGUGCAUUUUUUCCUUCUUUUAUUUCAAAUACAAGUAUAGUUGCAUAUAUUUUGGAGUAAAUUUGGAUGCUCAGAAUGCAGGAAAUGGCAUUUCCGUGCUUCAAAUUACACCAAAGGGUGUAACAAAUUACAAUCUCGUUUCCUUUGUGGGUUCCCCAGACCACCCCCCCCCCCAUUCAUGCGUAGUAUGUCGACCACGCACGUGGCCUUCACCCAUUGCUAUCCCCCUCUAAUAUAUUAGGGAACUUUAGAUUCGCUACGGCUACGAAAUCUAGUACGACUACGAGAUUUUUUCCAUUAAAUAUCAGCUACUAAAAACUUAUAAUAGUACGUGGUUUGGCGCAACUGUUGCUAUAAAGAUGUGGUAUGCAAAAGAAAGGACCGCGAUAAAAAGUCUGUAGUAGCAGAUAUUUAACGGAAAAAAUCUCGUAGUAGUACCAGAUUUCGUAGCCGUAGCGAAUCUAAAUCGUAGCCGUAGCGAACCUAAUAUCUCACAGAAACUGGUCCGUUUUCAAAAAAUGCCCCCUGUCAUUGCGGUUAAGUUUGUUUUGCUCAUGCACAAGAAAUAAUGAAUAAUUGAAGUAAGUUCCAUUGUGAGGUCGACAAAAUAACUAAACUACUUGCUUUCAUUGUUGCAGAUAGUUCAAACAUCACGCUGCCUUCCAUAACAGUUAAAGCAAACGGUAUGUGUUAACUGCAAUUUGUUAUUUAUAACGAUUGACUGUGGAAAAUCAUUAAACACACAUUAAACUAAGGAAGCCUUUAUUAAGUCGGAGGGGGCUGGUAACACUCAUAUAUUUUUGAAAAUAUGAUAACCCCCCCUUCUCGAGUUACAAGUCUUAACAGCCUUUCCCCAUCAGAGUCAUACAAAUGUUAUGCCCCAGCCCCACCCCCUUCGACACCCAAAUCCCACCUAGUGUGCGACGUUUCUAAAUUGACUUAAAUGCAGUAUAUAUGAAUGUAGGUCAAUUUAGAUUCAUUAAUUAAUUAUUAGCACAUUAAGCGAAUAUUUUGAAAUAGAAAGAAGCCCUAAACUUUUUUUUCUAAAAUCGAAGCUUAUAUGAUCCUGGGAAUUAAUAUAAAAGUCAAUUUAUUAACACAAUAUUUUGGAAGAAGCACCAGAUAAUGUUAUUUAGGCUAUAUAUAGGUUAACAGUGCUUGUACGGAAUAGCUUCUACAGCGGCAUGAAAAAGCACCUAUCCGAUACGGAAUGUACAACUUUCAGAAGCUGAGCGAAACAACAUCUCCGUCCGUUGCAAUAGUAAUUCCUCUGAAAAUAGCGUUCCUGAAUGGUACGGAUAGUUGUUUUUUCUCGUCGCAAUGGAAAGCUAUCCAAUGAGAAGGGGCUGGUGAAUUAAUAAACAUGUAUUGUUUGUAUAAAUUAAUGACCUCCCCACUGUGUUGGAAAAUCUUAAAGCCCCCCUAUUGUUUUACAAGUCACCCCCCCCCCCCGACAUAAUUCAUGAACGCUCCUUAAGGACAGUUUGACAAAAUAAAUUGGGGGGGGGGGUUGAAACAUUCAAUAUUCCUACCUACAUUAAUCAAUAUUCGUACCUUCAAUAUCUCUGAACCUGGUCAGACGGGGGAUCGACGCAAAUACUCCACAUGCAAUUUUGUUUCAAAUAUUACUCAUAUUACUUAAUAUUCAUAUUCCUACCUUAAAUAUUCAUAUUCUCAAUAAAUAUUCUCAGUAUAAACUUGGGAGGUUCAAGUGUUGAGUAAGUUUGCUCAGCUCUAGAUAUCUUGCAUUAUUACCUCCGAACAAAACAAAAUGGCUUCCCGUUUUUUCUUCCGAUGCAAACGCCAGCAAAUCUUUUUGAUAAACGAAGCUGCGGUUUCAACAAACACAAAAACCAACAAAGUUUUGUUUAAUAGUGUGUUUAUAGGUAUUCUUGGAAUAUCGGCACUAGUAGAAAGAUCGGCGCAAAAAUUGUUUGAAACGAUAUAUAUCUUUCCUUUCGCAUGCCCGGAAAUCUAAACCCGCAGAAAGGAAGGACCGCUCGCAGUCUAUCUUUCUUGUAAAUAACUAUAAAUAUUAUCUAGUUUUUCAGUAUAUAGCCUAUCUCCUCCUACUGUAGUAUAAUACUGUUUUAGGAGUAUUUCAUUAAAGCAUAUACAGCCCUUCGCCUGCCUGUUACUAUGUCUCUUUUAGUCAGUGUUCGAUUCCUCAAAUGUUUGACUGUACUGGAAAAAGUUAUGGAUUAAAACAACCCAAAAAAUGGUCUGUGUAAGUCCAAAAACAUGGCAUUGCGCAGUCGUGAUCCUACAGUUUGUCCAAUUAUUUGAAACAAUCUAUAUAUAAGUACUAUAUUGGUACUGCUGCUGUUCAGGUAUUCUAACUUAAACAAGUUUUUCCCUUGAAAAAUGCAUUCAUAUGCAUGACUAUAAUAAUGAUUUCCUAUGCCAUGUUAUAUGCAGAGUAAAAAAAUUGACACGUGUUUUUCCAUUACUAAAGCUACAAUGACACAACCUCCAUCCGUGCGAACGACUGGUAUUGAAUCUAGUUCUGUAGUCCGCAAUACUCGAAUAAAAACUGGUAUGUUAAUUGGAUUAUAGCUAGGUAACUAUAGGAAUGGUAUACUAUUAGAUACAUAGCCCUUCGCCCCCCAUGUUCGUUUAGUCAGCGUUCGAUUUCUUAAAUGUUUUAAUAUACUGUAAGAACUGUACUGAUGGGUUAAAAUAACGCGAAAAACGAGUUGUUUCAGUUAGUUUGGGAUAUGUAAUCGUUUAAAUUAUUCCAAAAACAUGGCACUCGUGAUCCUGCUGGCUGCGGUUUAUUGAAAUAAAACGAGGAGGCAUUACGAGAUAAAAUGAAGGAAGCUUUCUAAAUAUCAGGGUGUUUGUUGCCCGAGAUAUAAAUCCGCACGCCCAUUGGCUACAUUGAAAUCCUCCCAGCAACACUGCCUUAACAACAGGAGAAUCAUUUUAUGAGCAAAAGCCAAAGCCCCUUAUGGUUCGCGCUAGCUUAAAAACAACAAGCAAAACUGCCCAAACUGAGUGAAAAACUAGUCCUAUGUGACUUGUUUUUAUAAUUCGAUGUUGAAAAAUGUAUAAUUAGUGUUUUUACUGAACUGUUUUUUUCCCUGUUAAUUGGAUUAAUAGGUAACUAUAGGAUUGGUAACUAGACAUACAGCCCAAUGCUUCGUAUCCAUGAGUUAUUAUUAUUAAAAUUAACACAUUUUUCUCCAUUACUAUAUAAACUAAGAUACAAUGACACAACCACCAUCUCUGAGAACCACUGGUACUGAAUCUAGUACUGUAGUCCGCAAUACACUCAUAAAAAACGGUAUGUUGGAUUAAAGUAGGUAAGUAUAGGAUUGGAAACUAGACAUACAGCCCUGAUGUGUGAAAACCACCAAAAAGCAGGCUGUUUGAAUUACUUUGGGAUAUGGAAUCGUUUAAAAUAGAAUUCAUACAAUUUCGAGUUUUCCCAAUUUCCUGCACGAGUGUUGAUAUAACUGUAUAUCAUUACGGAAAAAUGUUUUAUAUUUCUUUAUAAUAUAGCACAAAGAAAUAUAAGAAAGAAAUUUUCCGUGUUGACAUUGAGCAGUGCAUUUUUAAGGAUUCUUCAGUGGUAGGGCAAAACUGCCAAAAGGCCCAUUUUCCUUGCCCUCCCCCCAGGAUAGUGUGAGCUGAAUACCGCAAGCACGAGUUAGCUAGGGGGGUCUGGGGGCCUGCCCCCUUUUAAAUUUAGGUUUCUGAUCGAAAUAUAUAGCAUUUCCUGCAUUCUGAGAACACAUUUAUAAAAAAUCUCAGCUUCUCAAAACAAAGUUUUAUGGUGAAAUUUGUAAUAAAUUGCAUGCUAAACAUUCAAACACAACAUGUUUAAGUAUGCUCACCAAAAAAUUUUGUUUUUUAAACUUCUUUUCAAUGUUAAACUCAAUUACUCAAUACAGGUCCUAGGUGGGCCCUGGCUUUGGGGCAAUAGGCCUUUUCUUCUUCAGUGGUGGGGCAGAGGAAGGGACCCAGUGUGGCAAAUGCCCCACCAAUCCAUGGUAUUAAAAAAUGCCUUGAUAUUGAGUCAUGUCAACACGGCUCUUAAUAGCCAAUCAGCGUUCAGAAUUUACAAAUGCUAUAUUAUGAAUAUAUAUGAAGAUUAUUUUAACGAAUAAUUAAUUGUUAUUAAAUCAACAAUUGGUUAUUUUCGGUCCAAUUAAAAUAUGUCAUAUACAACCUAUGUCCGCUGCAGAUUAGAUUUUUAACUGUAAAAUAUUGCUCCACCUCAUUGGGUCGCCCCAGAAAUCAGAACUGACGUUUAGGUCUGUUUCAGUUGCUCAUGCACGGUAUACAAAUAAUGAAUGUUUAUGAGUGCAAUGGUAAGAAUAUUUUUAUGAGGUGAAAGAUGGAAUGUUCCAUUCAACGACGCGACAGCCGAGUUGAAUGGAACAUUCCAUCUUUCACCGAAUGAAAAUAUUUUUACCAUUGCACGAAAAAACAUUCAUUAUUUGUUUUAUAUAAUACCAAAAUAGACUAAUAGAUUCGUAUGAGAAGCAUUUUGACUAAUGCGAUUUAUUGAAAACACAAAGAGUGCAAUUGUACUAUACGUUUUAUUCCAUUGCACUCGCAGAGAGUGCAAUGGAACGUGUUCCAUUGCACUCUUGGGAAAUGGAAUUUUCUAUUCAAUAUCUCGUGACCAUAAACAGCCAAUUAAACGACUAGAAUUCAAUAAGGUAUUAUAUAAUAAAUAAUGAAUAAUUGAAGUAGUUCCAUUGUGAGGUCGACGAAAUAACUAAACUACUUGCCUUCAUUGUUGCAGAUAGUUCAAACAUCACGCUGCCUUCCAUAACAGUUAAAUCAAACGGUAGUGUUAAUUGCAAUUUAUUCUUUACAACGAUGGACUGUGGAGAAUGAUUCAAUACGUAAAACUAAGGACAGCUCGACAAGACAAAUUGGGGGGUUGGGGUUGGAACUUAAACAUUCAAUAUUCCUACCCACAUUAAUCAAUAUUCAUAACUUCAAUAUCCCUGCAGAUACCUGAUAACUCAUAUAUACUAGUAUGAAUAUUCAUUUUUCCACACGAAAUAUUCAUAUUCCUACUUUAAAUUAAUGUUCAUAUUCUAAGCAUAAACAUUCAUAUAUUCAAACUUUUUAGAACCCUUUAUUCCAUAUUUUGCUUCCACCCCCGAAAGAAAACAUCUCUGUCAGUCAGGUUCUGUGACACACCAUGAUCAGGGGUGGAUCUAGCCUCAUCUUCAAGGAGGGGUGCAGGUUUUCCAUGGGGUGGUGUAUGAGGCAACUUUACCGCCCACUCUCUUUUGCAGUCUGCAAUGCUACUAUCUCCACAUUACCAUUAUUUGAGGUAGCCGAAUCUGCAUAUUCGCCGUUCUGUUACGUUUACAUUUUUUGUUUACAAUAUUUAUAUCGAUUUAUAUAUUUUUAUCACGUAUACGUGAUAGGACAGUUGCUGUAGCACAGCACAGCACAGUACAGUAAAGUUGCUUGUUAAAGUACCGUACAUUAUAUUUGACUGAAAAUACGGCUAUAUAACAACUUUGACAUGUUUACAUAUUUAAACAUGAUAUUCAAAUAACAAACCAUUCUGAGUAUUUUCUCGUGAGCUCACAAAUCAGUUAAAUCCGGCGUUUCAAGAAGUCGACACGCGCUAACGGUAGAAGUUCGCUAAUCGCCAUUCGCCAAAAGCAGAAAACAUAUGGUGAAGCAGAUUAGGGUGGUGUGCAUGGACGUCUCUAGGGAGGUAGUGCUGAACACCAUGCACUAUAGGUGGGGUGCGUACCCCCAGGGUUGAUGCGCCUCUGACCGUGAUUCACCGGUGACUCCACUUUGAAAAGUCAUUGUUGCAGUUCGUAUAUUUUCAUGAUAUUUAUUUUUGAACUACUGUUCUUUAUUUUACCCUCGCCUAGGCUAAGAUAACUGGAAUACAUGCUCCACCAUGCAGUUUCCAAAACGCUAGCUUAGCAAGCUGCAAUUCCAACAAAAUGUAUUUGCUGGAUUCCAGUUUUUGAGUAGUAUUAAUUCAGUCUAAUAUAUUUUGAUUUCCUAAUUAUAAAUUAGAAACCUCGAGUUCGCAUGAAGUUAGUUGGUGGAAAUUAUUAUCGUUAUUAUGUGUUGUUGCCGUGAUUUUGUUCUGGAUGUUGAUGGUUGGACACUUACUUGUAAGUAAUUUCUUGUUUUUGGUUUAAUAGACCUAGAUGGUCAGGUGACGAGGAAAGAGGGUGUUAUGUUCGAGAAAGAUAUCAGUCUUAGUAUACAGCGCGUUCGGACGGUGGCGCAGCCGACGGCCGUGAACUGAAACCCAACCAAGAAGAGAAAUGCUCGCGCGGUCUAUUAACCGUGAUUAACCGUCGACUUCUCGGGAACUCUAUACACUAAGUGAUUAAUACAUCAGUUUACAGUAAAGCUACGAUCGCUAAACAAAUUGUUCAGAUAUCUCUCACUUAGUCACCAGCUUAGUACGCAUUUGAUUGGUUAAUUGGAUAUAUCAAAGUAAUCAAACGCGUCUGAUUCGUUAAUGGUCCCUUAAUUGCUGUGGUAGCAGUAUAGUGGACAUCAAAUCUGAACCUUCCUGCUGGCAGUCUCGGGUCACAAAACAUAGGCUACUGUUUCCGUCGGUAAAUAAGUGCUAUCUUGGCACCCCUGAACUAACUGCUUUAUAUCUAUCUUAUAGAUAUGCCGUAUACUACAUGUUGCAUGCCAUCUCUCCUGAAAAAAAUCGAGAUCGAGGUAGUAUAUCGUAAAGAAAUCUUGGGGUAUGAAGAAAUACCAGUACCAACACACAUAGAUUACAACAGAUUUAUAUUCAUGAAGUUCAACGCGUACAUUGUUUAUUGAUGUUGUCCAAACUAUUUACUCAAUUAUAAUGUGAAAUAUAGACUAGUAUAAAGUUUUGAUUUAGACUUUGAUGUUUGAUAUUUCAUCUCUUCAUAUUUUAUAUAUCUCGAAGUACUGCAUGUGUUACACGAGCUCUGUUGUUAUAAUCUUAUGAUGAUAUAGUUAAGCUAGAAAUAGAAAACAAG